CCAGCGAUCGGUUUUAAUGUUAAAUUUCAUAAACAACAAAAGACCUGCAAGGACGUGCUUUGACGAAGUGGUAUAUUUUCAUGUCUCUGGAUCAUCAAGGAUAAUUUAGACCACAAUGCCAAGAGGAAGAAAGAACAAGAGAAGAGGAAAUGAUUCUGGUUCUCAGCAGAGUUCUGGAGACACAGAUGAGCCAUCUCAAAGUGGAGAGACUGAAAACACGACAGAGCCAUCUGGUGGAGAGACUGAAAACACGACAGAGCCAUCUGGUGGGGUGACUGAUAACACGACAGAGCCAUCUGGUGGAGAGACUGAAAACACAACCGAGCCAUCUGGUGUAGAAACAGGAACCUCUGCGACUUAUGUAGAAACUGACGGCAAUGGUGACACUGAAGCUACAGCAACACCAGUUUCGGAAAGUUUUUCAGAAACUAUGAGUGCGUUCGGUGGUAUAGACAGUUCGGCAGCUACAAUAGCCAGGGACAUUGAAGCACUGAUCAACGAUUAUGGACGCAGACUGCGACUACUGUCAAACAGAAAAGGACAUCUCCUGGAAACAACCCGGAACCUGAGAACAGAGUUUGACGAACGUCUGGAUAAAUUACAGAAGGAGCUUACAGACAAGGUAAAUCAGACUUACAGCGAAGAAAAAAAGCAGCUGGAAACCAAGAUUGAAAAAUGUGCCGCCAUAAAAUCAGACAUGGAUGACGCCAGGGUUUCAACAGAGAAAGCGAUGGCUUCGAAUGAUCCGGUUGGAAUCAUUACUUCGUAUCAGAAAGGAACGGAGGCAAUUAAAGCCAGUCAGGAUACCAUUGAAGAAUUAAAGCAGACGCAUUCUAACCUGAAAGUUACUCACAAAUUUGACACAAGUCCUGAGAACUUUGCGAGUAACGGUUUGAACCUUGGAACAAUUGAAGUCACCAGGACGAAGAGGGAGUUCCCUAUUGCUAGCAAUGAUUCUAAACCUGCUGAAGGAUGAAAAUGUUACUUGUCUCACCCCUAUUUGUUUGAAUAACAGUUAAAAAAAUGGAUAUUUACUAGAAUAGAGUAUAUAUUCGAACAUCUGUGCAGUGGGAAAAUGGCAUUCGCCUUUCACAGAAAGUGUCAUCAAUUGACUCUGGUAUAUAUAUAUAUAAUUGUGUUUUAAGUAUUGUAAGUCCACUGGUCAGUACAGAAUUUUUGGUAGUUUUUGUAAAUCCACUGACCAUCAAAGGUCACUAGAGGCUUGAUGUGAUAUUGUAUGCCCACUGGUCACAAGAGACUUGAUGUCUUGUAAAUUGUUCCGCUGUAAUUCCACUGGCCACUAGGGUCUUGUUGAGAUCUUGUUCUUUCAUUAGACAGUAAGGGCUUUCUGAGGUUUUGUAAUACCACUGGUCACCAGGGGCUUGUAAUUCCACUGGCCACUAGGGGCUUGUUGAGAUCUUGUUCUUUCAUUAGACAGGAAGGGCUUUCUGAGGUUUUGUAAUACCACUGGUCACCUGAGGUUUUGUAAUUCCACUGGCCACUAGGGGCUUGUUGAGAUCUUGUUCUAUCUUUAGACAGUAAGGGCUUUCUGAGGUUUUGUAAUAGCACUGGUCACCUGAGGUUUUGUAAUACCACUGGCCACUAGGGGCUUGUUGAGAUAUUGUUCUUUCAUUAGACAGUAAGGGCUUUCUGAGGUUUUGUAAUACCACUGGUCACCAGGGGCUUGUAAUUCCACUGGCCACUA